UCUGGUACCGAACAAGCAUAGUAAGACAAUACACAAUCGGAUUCGGAUUCAGUCAUCUCAUUCACAAGUGCAAAUUUAUUCAAUUAUUUAUUUUUUCAAUUUCAAUUCAAUAUCAUCGUCAUCUUUUCUCCUACAUAUAAAUAAAUUCGGAUGAAAUAAGUGUUUGUUUGUAAAAGUGAUAUAAAUAAGUGACAGAGGCAUUAAUAUCGUCGGCAUGAUGCAAGCGCACCAAAAUGUUCCAGCUCAAAUGGGCAUUCAAAAUAUAUAUGUUCUUGCUGAUAGUUCUGGUAUUCCUCAUAGCGCGGGUAGUUCAGCCAGCAAUUCACCGAAUCAUUACGAGCGUUAUUCACCGAGUAAUUUAAUGGACCUAAGUAGUCCGUCGGAGCACCGAGCUCUCCCAGAUUUUACCCACUCUCAACAUACACUUCAAGGAUAUCAACCACUUGUCAACAAUUAUCAAUUUUACGAAAAUUAUGAUGAAGAUAAAAGAUUUCACCAUGCUCAACAAUCUGAGGAAAAAUUCAAUCCAUAUAAGAAAGAUCUCUCCCCAUUCGAUUACAAUAGAAAUUCUCCAAGUUUUCUCUCUGAGCAUAGCCGAGAGAAUGAGCACAACAUUUAUCUUCCCGCUUCAUCACCAACAUCAGAUAUUUAUCAUUCGCCAGGCGCAAAGGGGGCGAAAAUCAACUCCAGUCAAUCAUCAAGAUUAACCAUAUUCGAGCCAACAAGUGAAUCUCCAAUUGAAUAUAAACCAACAAUUCACACGGAAUUUCAUUUGAAUCCAUCCCGGUGUAUUCAAGAGGAGCUCACACGGGAUUCACAAUUUUCGUCCAGUGGAGGGGAUCCUUCACUCACAACGAGAAAUUAUAAUGUCAACAAUGUCCAAAAAAUCAAUGGAAAGAGGAAAAGGAAAAUUAGUUACAAUAAUGGAAAUGAUUCUGAAUGUGAGAGCAUUCCAUCCUCAAUAGGAUCUAAGACUAAAGUACGACGUAAAAAUCCUGGAAGUUUUGAAGAACUUCAGACUCAACGAGUUAUGGCGAAUGUAAGAGAGAGACAGAGAACGCAGAGUUUGAAUGAAGCAUUUACAAAUUUGAGAAAAAUCAUACCAACUCUCCCAAGUGAUAAAUUGAGCAAGAUUCAAACAUUAAGGCUCGCCACGCGAUACAUUGACUUUCUCAAUCAAUUAAUCGCACGUUGUCCCAUUGAAGCAAUCGAAAACCGGUGCAAUAUAGAUGAAAACAGUCAAACGAUCGGAGGAGGCUCGACAUCAUGCAGCUACGUUAUUCACGAACGGCUUUCGCACGCCUUCAGUAUGUGGCGAGUGGAAAGUGAAUGGAAUGCCAAUCUCUAAAUAAGUAUUUGCGCCCAUCUCAAUAUCAUAUGCAUUUUUUUAUUUUCGCUGGAUCGAAAAUAUAAAAAUUGCUAUUUCAAAUAAGACCUUCCUAUUGUUAAAUGGAGUGGUGAAGUUGAAAGAAUCGUGGGUCAUUCCCCAAUGCAGUGGGGAAAUUAGCCGUUACUGGUGUACCCGGACACUCAAUAACAAUAGACAUGAUUAUUCCGGGGCUUUUCCAAAGUCAUUGAGUGGAACAUCCUUGUUGUAAAUCAAGAAAAAAAGAAGAAGGGAUGAGAAACUAACUGAGAAGAGAAAGAAGAUGCAUUUUAGUUUAAAUUAUCAUAGGAAUGUCACAAAAAAAAAAAGGAGAAAAAAUCAAACAGAAACAGGAGAUGGUGCAGACGGUUAUAUAUCUUGUGGGCAAAAUAUUAUUUUUUCCCAAGAUGACUGCCUUGCAGUAUCGGUCGGACGGUCGUCUCCAUUUCCCCUCUGUCUCAACUCUCACGAGGUUUUGGUAUUCAUAUAUAUAUAUAUUUUUCGUUAUUCUCUGGUCGCUUUUUUUCAACCUCAGUCGCCUCAAUCUUCAAGAUCUGAGUGUGAGAGAAUCGUGUGAAUAUUUUAAAUUCGAGUUCAUCAUUGAGUUUAAUGGAACAAGCAUGAAUUAAAAAUUGCGCAAUGCAAUUUCUUAUGCGCUUUCUAUUAAUACAGUGAAAUUUAUAAUUAAUGAAAAUAAUAUGCAAGAAAAAAUUAUUGUUUUCGACAAAACAAUGAAUUCCAUUAAUUAGGUUAAAAAAAAAAGAGAUCAAACGCAAAAAGUAGUUGUGUUUUGUGACGGAGCUUACGAGGAAGCUUACUAUUUAUUCCCAAUUUUGAACAAUUCGUUUUUUUCAUGCUUUUUUUUCUUGUUUAUUAAUUAUUUAUCUUUGUCAAGUGCCUCGAAACGCCUUGAAUCAUGCAGUUGAUCUACCAAAGAUAUCAAGUAUUUUUAUUAUGUAUGAGCUUCUGUGAGGCAAAUAAUAGAAAAUCCAUUGCAAUUUUUUCAAUCUCCUGCAGCAUCAAAUAGUAUACAUUUCCAUCUUAUCAACGAAAUUAGUUACUAAAAUUAUUUUUAUAUUAAACAUAAUAAUGGGAAUAAGGUCGGAUGUUGCAAUAAUUUAUUUAGAAAACAGAAGAAUGAAAAAUUUACACAACUAGUAUUACCCGUAGAUAUAGUGGUAUUGUAAAUAAUUAUAUGUAUAUACCUGUAUAUAGUUAAGAUGUACAUUAAGUUUGUUCCAUAUUGUGAAUUUUCUCUUCCAUUCCUAUCAAAUUUUUUUUGUCCGAUUUUCCAAAAAUCAUUGUACAGUAUUUUUUAUAUGCCACAAUAUUUGCAAUAAACCAAAAACUACACACAAAUAUAAGCAUAUGUGUGUAGAACAUAGCACAGCUGCUGGUUAAAUCCGGUUCACAUGACGUCUUGGGUCACUUCCUUCUCUUACUUGUCAUACUCUUCGCACCAUUCAUCUUUUCCUCCUUUUGUCGCACUCAUUAUCUUUUUUUUUCAGUACUCUUGUGAUUUGUCCUUGCUCAAGUUACUCCCACGUUACAAUGAAAAACGAAAAAAAAAAAAAAAAACAAACACAAAUAGGAAAAAAACCCAAUCAAAUUUGGUCAUUCAAAAGAGAAAAAGAACAGAGAAAAGAAAUUAAAUAUUAGUCGGAUAUAUAACUCAAAUUAAAAACACUGCUUUCAUUCAUUACUAUACGCGACUUGACCCAUAUUCGCGGAAUCGACUUGUCUGACCCAGUAUUCUCUAGAAUUUUUUUUAUUUUCUUCUCACGCAUUGCCGAAAGAUCACAGAUUCUUCUCUAGAUUCUUCAAGUCGCCGACAAAAACCAGAGAAACUUUGGAGUUAUAAUUUUUCCAGUUCUCUGUGCUGAAUCGCUUUUUUUUUUUAUUUUACUUUUCAGUUUUAAAAUAAUCAUCAUGAGAAUGUUACCUCCAUCGGUUACGAAGUUUUCAAGCACCAAAAAUAACUAAAGAUUGUAGGGUAUUGGGAGGAAACUGAAGAAGUAGCGUGACGACAUCUUCUUCGUUUUUUCUGUCUUUCUCUCCUCUCUCUUCUAUGUUUGUAUGCAACCCGAACCGGCAAGUAUUUCCCUUGACAUCCCCUGCUUGCACUGGUAAUUGUCAGUGAACUGCGUUUCUUUCACUUUAUACUCGAAUAACGGCAACGUUUGAUAAAAUUUCGAGGGGAUGAGUACUCGAUGGGAAUAACUGUUUGUAGUGGAUUCAAACCGUCUUACUUACUUGGAACACAAUUUAUCGGUAAAUUUUCCAUUCAAAUAUUUUCUGAUCAAGUACAAAUAAAUAUAAAAUUUCUUCUUGGUAAAAUAUAGGAAAAUCCAGAAACCAUCACAUGUUGUUAUAAUUCAAAAAUUGGCUUCAUUAUUGUCUACAGUUUGAAAAUGUAAAAUAAUAUGAGAAAUAAUUUACGAUAUAUGAGUAAAAAAUUUGGUCUACAAAUUCCUUAUUUAAUAAAUUAAUGAAAAUUUAUUGGAUACACAUCUUAUCCAAUCCGAUCUAAUUUCCUUAUAGGCUAUACGAAUGUUUUUAUAUUUAUGUGAUUUUUCCCCAGCCAUAAGACAAAAAAAAAAGGAAAAUGUAUUA